UUAAAGAUCAAAUGAGACUAUAAAUUAAUACCUCUGUGGAAUCCGGACACUUCCGCGCUCUGGGCACAUUGUCUCUCUUUUAAUCGCUGAUUGUAUCGAUUUUUCACCCUUUCCAUCCGGAACAUCAAGCUCAGGGUUUUUGACGGGACUCAUUGUCAUUGAAACAGUCAUGCCUCGGUAUUACUGUGACUACUGCGACACCUAUUUGACCCAUGAUUCUCCAUCUGUUAGAAAGCAGCACAAUGCAGGUUACAAACACAAGGCAAAUGUGAGAACCUACUACCAGCAAUUUGAAGAACAACAAACACAGAGUUUAAUUGAUCAGAGGAUCAAAGAACAUCUUGGGCAAGCUGCAGCGUUUCAGCAGGUUGGUGUAGCUUAUAAUCAUCUGAUGGUUCAGAGGCCAAACCUUCCUCCUGUGUUGCCGCCACCAAGACUGCCUAUUCCUGGAAAUGCACAAGUACCUGGAGGCCAACCACUAAUGCCAGGGAUGAGACCACCUGUCUUUCCUAGACCACUUCCUGGGGCACCAGGAUAUGUUUCUGCACCUACGAUGCCUCCAAUGUUACCCCCACCUGGUGCUCCCCAGGUGUCAGGUCAACUUAAUACCCUACCAAGACCCCCUUCAUUAGCUCCCCCUCCAACUGUUCCUGGUAGCACUGCUGCCCCAGCUUCCAAUGGUGCUCCCUCUAUGGUAUCAUCAGCAUUGUACCAAGCCAAUCCACCAGCACCAUCAUCUGGAGGUUAUGAUAAUUACAAUGCCAGUGCUCAAGCACCUGAGGGAAAUCACUGACCUGGUUAAAAUGUUCUCUCUGUAGAAUGCUAUCUCUAUUGGAAUCUUAAGACUAGAGCUAUUUGUGCUCUCCCUACCCGCCGUUCGUCAAACGAGGACUUGCCAUUUGUGGUCAUAUGUAGACUAAUCAUUGGUAUGUAGCAUGUCCAUCAGCUUGAAUUCGGAAAAAAAUCUUUUAAGUUACGUCUUUGAUGGAAGAUUUAUGUUAAGUGCCGAUCGCCAUAAAUUUCCAAUGUGGCUUGUUGAUGAUAGCUUCUAUUCUGCAAUUAGUUUAUUUUUAAACUGAGUUGCAUUAGUGAUAAAUGUACUUGUAUUGUAGGUUUGGAGGAAAAUCCAUUAUUUCAAAUUGUGUUUUUGGCU